ACAAAAAAUAAACGAAAUUGGAAAUUUUUUGUUUAAGUUUUAACAGAAACUCAUAUAUUGAGCGUUCGUCAAAUAUUUUUUUUUGUUUGAUUAUUGUUUUGCCUAAAGGAGAAAGGAAAUAACAAUUCGGAGAACCAGAGCAAGAGCUAGAUCAAGAUACAAGAGAUAGUAGGAGAAGUAAUGGGAAAGCAUGAGGCAACAUUAAACCGUGAGGGAGUUUAACUGAGAGAGAGAGAGAGAGAGAGAGAGAGAAGAGAAGAGAAGAGAAGAGAGAAGAGAAGAGAGAAAGAAAGAAAGAAAGAAAAAGAGAAAGAAGGAAAGAAAGAGAGACAGUUAUUUUUUGUUUUAAUUAUAAAAGAUCUCCGAAUGUUCUCUCCUGUUUAAAAAUACAAAGAAAGUGUUUUAAAGACAUUAAAAAAAUAUAAAUACAUAAACAGAAAUUAAUAAUAAAUUACAUCCUCCACAAAGAGGUUAAAUAAAUAAAUAAAUAAAAGUAAAGAAAAACAAAAAAGUAAAGCCGUAAACGCUAAGAGAGUGCGAGUAAAACAUAAAAAAAAAAAGAAUAAACAGGUUCCUCCCUUAUAUAGUUUGAACUCCUUCCAUCGCCUCCAACCAAUUAAAACACAUUCGCCGUCAUAUAUGUCUUGUGGUCGUUGGUUCUGUAAAUAUUAGGAAGUUAUUGUAUAUUUUAGUGAAACAUCCAACCAACUAACCAAUCGACCAACUUUUUCACACACUUUACUAUUUACUACCACAACAUUUUUACACUGCAGCCGCCUUAUUGAGCAGAUUUAACGCCAUCAUCAUCACUAUCACAAUAAUAAUUACAAAAUGUCUCAAGAACCACCGCCACGCAAUGAACCGUACGUAGAGCCGGUUAACGGCAUUGUACAGCCACCGACUGUACCGCCGCCCGAUCGACCCGGUCGCAAUACCAAUCAGUUACAAUAUCUGAUUAAGACGGUGAUGAAAGCCAUUUGGAAGCAUCACUUUUCAUGGCCAUUCCAGCAGCCGGUCGAUGCCAAAAAACUUAACCUGCCUGAUUAUCAUAAGAUCAUUAAACAACCUAUGGAUAUGGGUACUAUUAAGAAGCGUUUGGAGAAUAAUUACUAUUGGUCGGCCAAGGAAGCCAUACAAGAUUUCAAUAUAAUGUUCUCCAAUUGCUACGUGUACAAUAAACCUGGUGAGGAUGUGGUUGUUAUGGCUCAGACGCUGGAGAAAGUGUUUUUACAAAAGCUAGAAGGUAUGCCUAAAGAGGAAAUUGAAUUAGAGCCAGUAGCACCGAAAGGCGGUAGUAAAAAAAAGCCUCGAGCUUCUGUAAAGCCAUCGGCCACUGCAAAUGCUGCCCUGUUAGGAGCGAAUGCAGCGGGAGGGGCUGGCCGUGGUACAGCAGCUGUAGUAGCAGUGGCUGCGGCUGCCGCCUCCAAUAGGCCAUUGUCCGCUUUGGGCGGUACGGUAUCGUCAUCAGGGGGUACGCCUGGUUCUACACCUGGUAUACCUCCUAUUGCAACGGUACCGCCUCUGUCAGUGCCCGGCAGCACGAAUACGACGACAACAGCGUUAGCCGCUGCAGCACAACCGGGUACCUUACUGCCGGCCACCACUGCAGGUAUAUUACCGCCGGGUGGUGUGGCGACGCAUGGCUCCUUGGUCGGUUCGCAAGCAGCGGCAGCUGCAGCUGCUGCGGCCGCUGCUGGUAUAACAUCCGGUACUGUAGGAGGAACAGCGGCAGGAACGACUGGCAUCAAUUCAACGCUUCUAGAAAGCAGCGUGGCUGGGCCUGGUAAUCCUACGGCGAUAGCCGCUUCGGCAGCAGCCGUACCUGCGUAUCAUGUGAAUAGUACAGCGGCCGGGGUAGACGCUGUAAUACCGCCUCCACAGCCGGCUAAAGUGAAGAAAGGCGUGAAAAGAAAGGCAGACACUACGACACCUACAGCGAAUGCAUUUGAAUCACCGUACGCGCAAAUCGAUUCCAAGAGUGCAAAGAUAGCAACGCGACGUGAGUCCAAUCGACAGGUAGGCAAAAAGGACCUUGGUACUGGUUAUCCUAUGUCACCGUUAAGUGUUGGCGGUGUGCCCGGUGUAGCUGGUGGUGCUGGGGUACCUGGAUCAGCUAAAUCAAAAGAGAAGCUCUCUGAUGCUCUCAAAUCCUGCAAUGAAAUCCUUAAAGAACUCUUUUCUAAAAAACAUUCAGGCUAUGCCUGGCCGUUCUAUAAGCCGGUCGAUGCUGAAUUGUUGGGCCUCCAUGAUUAUCACGAUAUUAUCAAGAAACCCAUGGAUUUGGGUACCGUGAAAAGAAAAAUGGACAAUCGUGAAUAUAAGAGCGCACCUGAAUUUGCUGCCGAUGUACGGUUAAUAUUCACCAAUUGCUAUAAAUAUAACCCGCCAGAUCAUGAUGUUGUUGCAAUGGGACGUAAAUUGCAAGAUGUCUUCGAAAUGCGUUACGCCAAUAUACCCGACGAACCAGUGGCGAAUGCUCAUGCAGCUGCGGCUGCAGCGGCGGCGCAUCACGGCUAUGGAAAACACGAUGCUUCCGAUUCGUCCUCGGACGAAUCAUCGGAUAGUGAGAACGAAUCGAAUUCGGACGAAGAACGUAACGCUAAAUUGAAAAUGCUUGAGGCCAAACUGUUAGAUUUACAAGAGGAAAUGCGUAAACUUAUGGAGGAGGCCUCCAAUAAAAAGAAAGCCAAGAAAAAGAUGAAAGAGAAGAAAAAGGCGGCGACUGGUGGUGCGAUGGGAACAGCUGGAAUGGUGCCGGCAGCCAGCGCCGGUGUGUUGGGAGCUGGCGGAGCCGGUAUUGCUGCCGGUGUAGCUGGCAAUUUACAAGGUCACGACAUGGCUACAGCCAUGACUAUGGGUCAUCAAAUGGCAGCAGGAGCUGGUAAAAAUGCAGCAAUGGCACCUGGUAUGUCAGGCACAACUGGCGCCACGGCUGGUAAAGGUGCUAAAGUGAAAGGUCAACGCGGUCCGAAAGGGGGUAAUGCAGCCAGCGCAGUAGGAUCUGGCAGCGCAGGGGGUGCGACAGGUGCUACAAAACGUACUAAAGGUAGCACUGGAUCAGCCGGACCAGGUGGCACUGGUUCCGGUGCAGGAACGCGAGGACCUAACAAGAAAAAACCGAGCAGUCAAACAAUGGUCUUUGAUUCCGAAGAAGAAGAUAUGGCGAAGCCUAUGUCGUAUGAUGAGAAACGACAGCUUUCGUUGGAUAUAAAUAAACUACCGGGCGAUAAACUUGGUCGUGUUGUACAUAUUAUACAAAAUCGUGAACCAUCAUUGCGGGAUUCGAAUCCGGAUGAAAUCGAAAUUGAUUUUGAAACCCUCAAACCAUCGACGCUGCGGGAACUUGAAAGCUAUGUGGCCUCCUGUCUACGCAAAAAAACCCGUAAGCCUUACUAUAAAAAGCCCUCUGGCAAAUCAAAAGAUGAACAAAUGGCGGAAAAGAAACAAGAAUUAGAAAAACGUUUACAAGAUGUUAGUGGCGUUUUGGGUACGAGCAAGAAGACAGCCAAAAAAGACGAGUCAUCGAAUAAAGUCGAAGCUGUUCAGCCAGCAAAUCGCCAAUCCUCAAGCUCAAGUUCGAGUGAUUCCUCAUCAUCCUCUACAAGCGAUAGCACUUCUAGCGAUUCAAGUGACAGUGAAGCAGGGGAUGCCGAUACUCAUCCACCGAAGAAGAAAAAAACCCGCGAUAACAAUGGUAGCAAUGUAAAUAAUUCCAUAGCUCCGAGCAGUGGCGGUAGUGGUGUUGGGGGUGGAGGUAUGACGUCGGCAGUGACUACAGCCAACAUAGCAUUAACUGGUGGCGCUGUACCACCAUUAAAUACAGCAACAGCAGCUACAGCUGCCACAACAACCGUGGCUACAGCAGGAGCCAUACCACCGACUAUAGCCUCACACCAAUUACCGGGCAUUAUUCCGCAACCAAAUGCCGCCACUGGUGCAUUGGGUGGGAAUAUUAACAAUAAUGCUAUAACACCCAUCGGGGGUGUGACCGGAGUUACACCCACUUCACAACAGCAACAAAUGACCGCAGCUGCAUUGUUGGGUGUAACAACGACACCAACCUCUGCAGCCAACAAUACUAAUCAUUUAGCCGCGGCUGUGGCCAUAAACAACAACAACAAUAAUAAUACUAAUAAAACAUCCUCAGCAACACCGACCUCGUUGGUACCUUCGACCGCAGCAGCAGUGGCUACUGUUACUCCGUUCAGUAGCGGCAUGAAUGCUGUAGGGGGUAUUGCUGCCAGCAUCGGUGUUUGUGGUGGUGGUAAUGGCACUAGCAGUAGCGUAGGUGGUGGAGGCACCAACAGCGGUAAUAAUGGACCAAAUGACCUUACAAUGCCGCCAAAUUCAGGUGCUGCUCUCACCUCGCUAAAUUCAACCCUGGGCGGUGUCAUCGGCUCAGCUGCGAGUAUUGCUACCACAGCGUGUGGACUGAGCAGUGCGGCUGCCACCAACACAACUACCGGUGUUGGCGGUAUACGCGUUGCUAGUAAUUUACACAAACUACCUACUAAUGUGGCUGACACUCCUGCCAAUAUUGGCGGAGGAACAGCCACAUCUCAGGUUACGUCCACAGCCUCAUUGGCUGCCGGUCUAAAACAAAUUCCUCAAUUUGAUGAUCCCGUUGAACAGUCGCUUGCGUCUCUGGAACAGCCAUCGUUGCUGGCUCCACCACCCACGAGUAAGAGCACAUCCGACAAUUUUCUAAUGACUGGUCUCAGUGCGGCCCACCUAAUGCCUACCUCGCAACAACAGCAGCAGCAGUCACAACAAGGCUUUGUUGGCGGUGGGAUGGGUGGUGGUGGCCUUCAGCAAACCCAGUCCAAUCAUCCCCAUGGUGUCGGCAAUCAACAACAGUCUCAGCAUCCCAUGGAAUUUAUGAAUGAGCUAUUGGCCAAAGGAGCAGCUGCAGCGGCUGAAAAUGUGGCCGGUAUGAAUGGCAAUCAUUUUCCCAUAAUGAAUCUCAUGGAAAUUAAUUCCAUGGUUCAAUUUCAACAAGCGGUGCAUCAACAACAUGCGCAUAAUAAUGGCUACAAUAUAGCUGAUGUGACUGCUAAUCCACUUGACAGUCUCGGCUUAGGUUUGGGUUUAACACACGGUGGUGGAGCUAGUGCGUCCUCAAUAUUUGAUCAAUUGCCAGGUCGUAACGAUAACCAUAUUUUGGCCAUGAUGAUAGGGGGCAGUACGGCAGGAAUGUCUGGAAAUUUGUCUCUGGGUGGUAAUCCAGCGGCUACAGGUUUGGGGAAGAAAGAAACCAUGGGCGCUAAUUGUGAUCAAUCACAACAGCCUACACCGCCUCCAAAUACCAAUAAACUGUUAAUUACACCGAAACCUAUUGAGUCGAUGAUGCCUAGUCCACCGGAAAAGAAGAAUCAACAGUCAGCACAGCAAUCACACAACCAACAGAUUGGCGUUGUACCCUUGCCUCAGCAAUCACCUUCGGACUUAAAAAUACCCUUGGCUGGGGCAGCAGGUGGAAAUCAAACCAGUUUUGCUCAAGCCUUUAAGACGCACGAACAAAAUGUAAAAAAUCCCAGCUCCUGGUCGAUACUCGCUUCGGCGGGCUCACCUCAAAAUACGCCAACGUCGAACAAAACUAAACCCGCCAUGGAUUCGUUCCAGCAGUUCCGUAAUAAAGCCAAAGAGAAGGCCGAUCGCCAGAAACUGUUGGAAGCUGCUGAGAAAGAGAAGGAACAGAAACGCCAAAAAGAAGCUGCGGAGAAGGAGCAGCAACGUAAACAACACUCCAAGUCAUCACAUUUGGGCGGUAGCAGUUCCAGUUCAACUAGUGGCAGUAACGGUAAUGGCAGCAGUUGUGGCAACGUUGCCGGUUUAGGUGCCGGUAGUUUAGUAAGCAAUGCACACCAUCAAUCGGUAACGACUGGCGUUGUUCAACCGCCUCAUGCUCAUGGUGGCAGUAGUACUGGUCAUUUAGCAUCCUCGUUAAUGGAUGUCAUGGAAAGUGGGCGAAAAAGUGUUCAUGAUGUUCAACCAUCAUUGUCACGCGUAGUCGAUGACAUUAAGGCAUCACCUCAAGGUUGUGGUUCACCAGCUGGCACUGCUCAACAAUCACCGCAAGAUCGUGCAGCCGCCAAACGUGCCGAAUUAAGACGCAUGGAACAGGAACGUAGACGACGAGAAGCGAGAGCCGGGCAAAUUGACAUGAAUAUGCAAAGCGAUUUAAUGGCAGCCUUUGAAGAAUCGCUUUAAUAUACGGCUAAAUAAAUAUUGAACACGAGCGGUGUUUAAUAAAUUUUAUCACCAAAAUAAAUUAAACAAAAAAAAAAAAAA